AUGAAGUUCUCCACCGCUCUCUUCGGUCUUGCCACCGUCCUCGGCCUCGCCCAGGGCCAGAUCCCCGAUGAAAACCACGAUGGCCUUCCCGACGGCGACAUCCCCGAUUGCGCUAUGUCUUGCUUCACCAACAUCUACCUAACCAACUUGCCCGCGUUCAUGGCUUGCCAAGAGGCGAAUCUGUUCCUUUGCUUCUGCAAGAGCGUUACCUUUGUCACGCUCUACAAGCAGUGCGUCUGCGAAAACUGUCCUGCCGAUGAGAAGGAGGAUGCUCUCCAGUUUGGUCUGGAUACUUGCACUCUCAACAAUGCUACUAUCGGUUGGAUGGGCAACACCUGUUAA